AUGGAAAGUACCAAUGAGACUUCACAAGAGGAGACGUGUGGCUAUUAUUUAGUUGAUGCGAUUAGGCGGUGGACCGGAUGGAUGACUCCAAUAGUUCUCUUUGAUUCCGACAAUGACUGUAUCACCUCUUUUAAGAAUCGAGUGAUGCACCAUCCCAAUUUGUAUUUCAUAAACAUCGACGAGUAUAAUAACACAUUUGGAUGCUUCACAGAAAGACCAGUUAAUACCACAGACAACUACACUUCUAGUACAAAUCAUUUCUUAUUUUCAAUCCAUUCGAAAGGGUCAUACACAUCACCAACAAGAUUUUAUCCAAAGGAAGGGAAGAUUGGGGGCGUUUGUAUUCAUUCAGAUAGUAAUGAUGGAGUCUAUGGUAUCGGAUAUAAUGGUUUUGGAUUUUCGUGUUGUAACAUAUACAAUCCCGGAACUAAAAAGACUUGGUGCAAUCAUCUCGACCACACCUAUAACAACAUUUCUGAUGAGACUUUUACUUGUCGUCCUUGGGCAUAUCCAAAUUAUCAGAGAUACAGAAUUAACAGAAUUCUAGUCGUUGAGAUGAUAUAA